UGACCCCGGUCCCUGACCCCGGUCCCUGAUCCUAACCCAAAACCAGACGAGGACCACAAAGACCCCGGAUUUACAGAAGACAGGUCUGUCUGUCUCAGAGCCUCAGACUGAUCAUCAUCAGUCCACAGGGACGCGGCAGCUGGUGGACAUUUCUGAAGACAGAAACCCAGCGUCCUGCCGGUGCCGCGCCAAGCCGGAAGUGACGUCUCCGUAGCGCUGAGUCAGCUUAACCAGACAGGAAGCAAAACAAACAGCGGGGAGCAGGCGCAGAGGCAGCCUGAGCUCGCGCUGCGGAGGGACAAUUUUUCCCAAUAUAGCGAAACGUUUAUUUAUUAUUAUUUCAUUUAGUUUUCCCGGGAAACUGAAGUCACACAGCUACGUCACCGCACAGGUGAACAACAGCACGCGACACAGAGAAACAGCAGAGCUGCUCGUGCCUGCUCAACGCGGAAGUUCAGGAGCGAAGGUCUGAGCUCAGCUUCACAUCCUGAGAAGUCUGAGGGAUUUUCUCUCUGCUGCGGCACACACACUGACACACACACUGACACACACAGGUGAGUGAUCGAAUCUGCCGCCGACACAAAGUUUCUCUGUCGUUAAAUCUUUGUCGUCAUGGUAAUGAAGAGGAGUCGAGUGUUGGCUCUGCUGGUGGCUGGAGUCUUCUGCGUGGCAGUGAUGUCGCUGUACCGCAUGCUGGAGCUGAUGCAAGGGGCGGAGCUACAGCAGCCCGGGGGCACACCUGCUGGACAGAUGGAUGAAGACUUGUCCCACCUCCAGCAGAAGAUUGACAGGCUGGAGCGUCUUCUUAGCGACAACAACCGCCUGGUUGCUAUGCUGCGGGACUCUCUGGUCCACCGCAAAGCAUCCUGGGAAACAGGAGGCAGGGGAGCCAACGGGAGCUCAGACUCCGCCCACAGCCAGGCUGACACCAUGUCUGGCUGCCAAUUGGCUGAAGCGAUGAAGGAUGGAACUGAUGGCGUGCAGCUGCUAGAUGUUUACGACCUCCUGCCCUUUGAUAACCCCAAUGGCGGCGCCUGGAAACAGGGCUUUGAGAUCCGUUACCAUGGAAACGAAUGGGACGAGCAGCCGCUGGAGCUUUUUUUGGUUCCACAUUCACACAAUGACCCUGGUUGGUUGAAGACCUUUGACAGUUACUAUCAGGACCAGACCAAACACAUCCUCAACAACAUGGUGGUCAAACUGAGCGAGGACCACAGGAGGAAGAUGAUUUGGGCAGAAAUCAGUUAUUUCUCUAAGUGGUGGAACGACAUCGACGAGCAGAAGAGAGAGAUGGUCAAACGCCUGGUGGGGGCGGGGCAGCUGGAGCUGGUGACGGGCGGCUGGGUGAUGGCGGACGAAGCGAACUCGCAUUAUUUUGCUCUGUUGGAUCAGCUGAUCGAGGGUCACCAGUGGAUACAGAAGCACCUGGGCGUGAAGCCGAGCAGCGGUUGGGCGGUGGAUCCGUUUGGCCACUCCCCCUCUAUGACCUACCUGCUGAAGGGGGCGGGGCUCAGUAACAUGGUCAUCCAACGAGUUCACUACGCCAUCAAGAAACACUUCGCCCGGCAACAGACACUUGAGUUUCUAUGGCGACAGAACUGGGACUCCUCCCCCAGCAGUGACAUCACAUGCCACAUGAUGCCAUUCUACAGCUACGACGUACCGCACACGUGUGGUCCAAACCCGGCGGUCUGUUGUCAGUUUGACUUCCACCGCCUGCCUGGGGGGCGGGUCUUCUGUCCGUGGAGGAUACCGCCACAGCCAAUCACAGAGCAGAACAUCCAGGAGCGAGCUCUCCUCUUACUGGACCAGUACCGUCAGAAGUCUCGACUCUUUCGUUCUCCGGUUCUUCUCGUUUCUCUUGGCGAUGACUUUCGAUACGUGGAGUCGAGCGAGUGGGACGCUCAGUUCAAUAACUACCAGAAACUGUUUGACUACUUUGACCAGCACCCGGAGCUCCACAUCAAGGCUCGUUUCGGGACUCUGUCAGAUUACUUCCAGGCUCUUCAUCGCCGUCUGAAUGCGGCGGGAACGACUCUGCCGACACUUCGCGGCGACUUCUUCACCUACGCCGACCGUGACGAUCAUUAUUGGAGCGGGUACUUCACCUCCAGACCGUUUUACAAACGCCUGGACCGAACGCUGGAGGCCACGCUCAGAGCCACAGAAAUCCUCUUCAGCCUGACGCUGGCCGAAAUGCGCCGUUUCCGUGGCGACAGUCAUCCGGUCGCGGGUUUUCCUUCACACGAGCACUUCAAGCGUCUCACAGCGGGGAGGCGGAACCUGGCUCUCUUCCAGCACCAUGAUGCCGUCACUGGCACCGCCCGUGACCCUGUGGUGGUUGACUACGGCACCAGGUUGUUUCACUCCAUCCUGAACCUGCGGCAGGUGCUACAGAGCUCCGCCCACUGGCUGCUCCUACAAGACAAGAGCCAGUACCACCACGACCAGUCAGCACCCUUCCUGCAUAUGGACGACGUGAUCCCAGCUCAGGAUGCUCUGCCUCAGAAGAUGUCGCUCGUGCUCAGUGAUGAGCCCAGGUCUCUGAUCAUCUUUAACCCGACGGAGCAGCUCCAAACGUCCGUCAUCAGCAUCGUCGUCGACUCUCCGGACGCUCGUGUUGUUGAUGCAGAAACAGGUCGACCAACGGCUGUGCAGAUCUCUGCAGUGUGGGCGGAGCCAACCCGAGCGUCCACAGAAGCGUUCCAGCUCUCCUUCGUCGCUGAACUUCCUCCUCUGUCACUCGUCGUGUACCAUGUGACCAAAGCGCCAGCUGGCUCCACCCACCGGGCACGGUACACCUUUCAUCGUCGUGGCAACCAGCCAACCGUCCACACCAAACACUUCCAGGUGUCCCAGCCCCAAGGACCUGAGACUGACGCCCCCCUGUCGCUUAGCAACAGGCACGUCCAGAUAUGGAGCUCCUCGGAGACCGGCCUGCUACAGAGGCUCCGCCUGCAGUCCAGUCUGGCCCGUCAGGUCCAAGUCCAGUUUCUGUGGUAUGGAACCAGAACCGGAGUGAACCAGGACAAGAGUGGAGCCUACUUAUUCCUGCCAGAGGAGGAGGGGGCCCAGCCCUACUCGUCCUCAGAGGCCCCCCUGGUUCGAGUCUCCAGAGGUCCCAUCUUCUCUGACAUCACUUCCUGUUUCCGACACUUCACGCACACAGUGCGACUCUACCACCUGGACGGGCAUGCUGGGAGAUCCCUGGAGAUUUCCAACAUGGUGGACGUCAGGUCAGAGGUCAACCGUGAGCUCGUCAUGCGGCUUGUCACAGAUGUUGCCAACGGCAACCGCUUCUACUCCGACCUCAACGGUUUCCAGAUGCAGCAGAGGCGGACCCUGGCGAAGCUCCCCCUGCAGGCAAACUUUUACCCGAUGAGCUCGUCGUCAUUCCUUCAGGACUCGACGUCUCGUCUGUCGCUGCUGUCGGCUCAGAGUCAGGCCGUCGCUUCGCUCAGACCAGGUGAGCUGGAGGUGGUGCUGGACCGGAGGCUGCAGCAGGAUGACAACCGCGGCCUCGGUCAGGGCGUCACCGACAAUAAGCUGACAGGGAGUCUCUUCCACCUGCUGCUGGAGGACAGGAGUGGCGUGGCCCAGGAAGUGGGAGGAGCUUCGGUUGAAAACCUGUCACUUCUCGCCCACCUGACCUCGCUCUCCCUCUGCCACCCGCCAGUCACCAUGGUCGCCCCCAGCGACAGCCGGCUGCCGAAGCUCCGCCCCUUUCAUCCACUCCGCUCGUCACUGCCGUGCGACAUUCACCUGCUGAACCUGAGGACGCUGGAGGACGCACAGGAAGCAGAAAGCCCGUCACAGGAAGUGGCUCUCCUCCUCCACAGGAAGGGCUUUGACUGCAGCUCCGCCCCCGAGCCCCUGCCUCCAUGCACGUGGAGCGCGCACGAGGAGGUGAAUCUGGACGAUCUUUUCUCUCCGCUCCAGUUUCGUUCUGUCCGUCAGUCCGGCCUCACGCUGCUGCGUGAAGACGACGAACCGGAGUCCGCCCGGCAACAGCAGCUACCGCACAUUACUCGCCUGCGGCCAAUGGAAAUUAACGCUUACCGCGUGGAGAUCGACUAAGAACACGGCGUCAGCGCUGGAAAAACAACGACAACAGAGGCGGGAAAUUAAUUUAGACACGAGAGAGAGAGAAACAGUUACAACAUUUACAAACGCAAAUCAUCCGAUUUUUAUACUUUUCCAUUGUUUGUCUUCCAGAGAGUGAAGCUAACAGGUCAAAGGU